GCUGUUUAUCUUUGCAAAAGGACAAUGCAGAAUAAAACCCGCUUAGAACUUGCAGAUUAUGAAGCUGAAAGUUUAGCACGACUUCAGAAAAUGUUUUCCCGUAAAUGGGAAUUUAUAUUUAUGCAAGCAGAAGCUCAGAGUAAAGUUGAUAAGAAGAGAGACAAACUGGAACGUAAAGUUCUAGAUUCUCAAGAGAGAGCUUUUUGGGAUAUGCACCGACCAAUGCCUGGGUGUGUUAACACUACUGAAAUGGACAUAAAAAAAGCUUGUAGAAUGAAUAAACACCCUUCAGGGAAAGCAUCAGGUUCAGGUUUAUCUUUAGAGGUUCUUCAGAGGGAGCUGGCAUUUCUUAAGACGCGGUUAGAUAGAUCUAACAUUAAGAUUUCUAAAGUUGCUGAAGCGUAUAUAAACUACUUUGAACAGUACAUUGAAUACGAUCCAUUUUUUACUCCUCCUGAAAUCGCAAAUCCUUGGCUGUCAGAUAAUCCAGAUUUUUGGGAACAAGAAAAAUUAGCCAAAGACAUAUCAGCAAGGAGGGUGAAGAGAUGGGCAUUUUCUCUCCAGGAGCUGUUAAAUGAUCCUGUUGGAAGGGAACAAUUUGCUAAAUUCUUAGAUAAAGAAUUUUCUGGGGAAAACCUUAAAUUCUGGGAAGCUUGUGAAGAACUAAGAUGGUUGCCUCAAAAAAAGGUUUCAGACAAAGUCCUUGAGAUUUGGGCUGAGUUUCUCGCACCUGACGCUUCUUGCCCAGUUAACAUAGAUUCUCAUUCACAUGACACAACAAAAAAGAACAUGGAAAGUCACCCAGAUCGCUGGACAUUUGAUGCUGCAGCUGCUCAUGUUUAUCACUUGAUGAAGACAGACAGUUAUUCACGUUACCUUCGUUCAGAGAUGUAUAAGGACUUUCUUCAAGGCUCCAAAAAGAAGACAUCCAUGAAAGGAAUACGAUCAAUUGUGUCUUUCUCUGGAAGAAAAGAUGGAGGAAGUUCUUCAUAACUGAAUUCAAUUUCUUGCCUAGGAAUGGAAAAUGGUUAGCAACAGAUUGUUUACUCAAUUUGAAAUAAAGUCACUUAUGUAUCAAUUAAUUUAUGAACAUUUUUACUACUUAUAGAUUUUAUUAAUUAAACAAUAAGCUUGAUGCUUGUUGUUCUGCAACAAUUUGGUUGUAUGCUUCAUACAAAAAUAUAUUUUGGUAAUUUAUGUGUUCAAAAAAAUAGGAAUAAUGAUGCCAUUUUUUCAAUGGGACCUUGAAGUAUGUUAAAACUAUGGAUUUUAGCACUACUUAUGUGAUUUAUUUAUUAAAUAUCAGAUUUGUAUAUGAAUUGUUAAAAUAUUGUGUAUAUAAUGAGGAUUUAUA